CCUGCUCUGUGCACCGCGCGCACAUCCCCGCGAGCUCCUGACAACAUAGCGGCAGCAGCACGAGCGAUGCGAGCACCGAGCAGGAGGCAGUGAGGAGACCACAGCCAACCCCGACACACAAACCGGAGAAAAACAGCCCCACACGCGGACACCCCUACUGCCCCCGCUUCUGCCCCUUCUGCCCCGCGCGCGUGAAGCUGAGCCCGGCUGCCUCCUCUUCUCCACUCGCCCCGGACGCCACACGCAGCCAUGUCCGUGCUCGCCCUCCAGGAGUACGAGUUCGAGAGGCAGUUCAACGAGGACGAGGCGAUCCGAUGGAUGCAGGAGAACUGGCCCAUCCGAUUCAUCUGAGACAACUUUGCUGUCGUAAACUGACGGUCACUAGUAGAAGAAAUCAUUUCUGUUCUCGGCUCUGUACGCUGCCUUUAUCUUGGGAGGUCGCCAUGUCAUGAAGCAAAGGGAGAAGUUUGAGCUGAGAAAACCUCUGGUGCUAUGGUCCCUCACACUUGCCGUUUUCAGUAUAUUUGGUGCCAUCCGUACAGGGAGCUAUAUGACCUUCAUCCUGAUGACCAAAGGGCUAAAACAGUCUGUCUGUGACCAAAGCUUCUAUAAUGGACCAGUCAGCAAGUUCUGGGCUUAUGCCUUUGUUCUUAGUAAAGCCCCAGAGCUCGGUGACACUCUGUUCAUCGUCCUCCGUAAGCAGAAGCUGAUCUUCCUGCACUGGUACCACCACAUCACGGUGCUGCUCUACUCCUGGUACUCCUACAAGGACAUGGUGGCCGGGGGGGGCUGGUUUAUGACUAUGAACUACCUGGUGCACGCCGUCAUGUACUCCUACUACGCCCUGAGAGCUGCCGGCUUCAAGGUCUCCCGCAAGUUCGCCAUGUUCAUCACCCUCACCCAAAUCACCCAGAUGCUGAUGGGCUGCGUGGUCAACUACCUGGUCUACUCGUGGAUGCAACAGGGCCAAGAGUGCCCCUCCCACAUGCAGAACAUCGUCUGGUCUUCACUCAUGUACCUCAGCUACUUUGUGCUCUUCGUGCAGUUCUUCUACGAGGCCUACAUGACCAAGUCCAAGAAAAUGUCCACAAUCGCCAAGAAAGAAGACUAAAUGAUGCCAUAGCUUACAACAGGGAAGGAAAGGGACCACCGGGGACCAUAAGGAGAUAGGGGACCAGUGACUUUAAUUCUUAACAAUGGUUUUAGUUGAGAAAUAAUAUGAAGAAAAUGGUUUGAAGGGAAUGCUUGAGCUGUUUAUGCGCAGAUGUAAAGCCUACAGAGUCUGAAGUCUAUAGGUGGAUGAAGAUAAAAAGCCAUCAUGACUUGUUUUAAAGGGUAUAUUUGUAUCAAGGUCUGAGUUGUUUUUACUGUAGACUGUCAACACACUCCCAGUUUGCAAACCUGCACAUCAUACUUAAAUCGUCUGACAGAAAUCUAGUGAGAAAUUUUACAACAACAGUAAAAUUGUGACUACGUUGCACUUGAUUAUCGGAAAUCUGAUUCUAAUUGACACUAAAAUUAGAUACUCAUUUGAUCGAUACCAAAAAAGUCACAUUCACAGGAAAGAAAUGAACAUUUGCUGAAGAGUUUUAGAGUCAUUUUGAGCUGUUUUGCAACAAGUUUAAGAGCACAUAGACUAGCAUACACCCAUGGACCACUAUGGAACCUACCUGGACCACUGAGGGAUUACACAAAUAACGCGACAUGGUGAAGAAAAUACUAUUUUAUGUUAAAAAUUACGUUCUGUUGUGUAAAGUGUUUUUUAUUAUCAUUGUGGUAUCAGAAUCAGUAUUGAGUAUCGAGUCGAUUUCCUAGUAUCGAAAUAGUUAAACAUUUUUGUAUCACAUGGUAAAACUUCUUCAAACUGGGCACGUGAGGACACUCUACGGUAAGGAGCGAACUAACUAGAACCACAAUUGCGAAGUAGCCGAACUAUCUACAUAUUAUUAAAAGGUCUUAUAUAAAUUAAUGUUGAAUCUUUGAAAAACAAGUUUUUAAGAUAACAAAAAAAAAACAAAUGAAGAGAAUAGAUAGACUAGAAUAUUUCAUUUGCCAUCAUCUUGUCACUUGAUAAAACGGACUUGUAAAGAUAAGCUGACAGUCAGUAGCGUCAUCUGUCCUGUGCGUGUGUCUUUAGUGUUUUUAGAAUCAGUGGAGUAGUUUGAGACACUGAAGGCUUAGUCUAUUGUCUAACCAUGAGCUGAUGGGGUGAGCGGCACUGCAUUUGUGUGUCUUACAUUGCAAAAAGGCAAUGUUUUCUCAGGUCAUAGGUUCUAAAUAUAAUAUGCAUAUCAAGAAAACGUAGGUCUGUUUAACAUCUAGGCUAGUUUACAUAGUGGCUUAUUCAUCCUGACGAGGUUGUGUAGUGACAACGUGUAUGAAAGAUGAACUAAACCAUGUCUCUGCUUGUGGGCCUGAUGGGAAACCUGCCUUUACAGAUAUUGCCAACUGUACUUUGAAAGGUUUUCAGAUUGUGUUUACCUGUACUUUGAGUAUUUUACUUGUGAUCCAGUUGUUGUUCACUUCCUCUUACUGUAUUUUUCAGACUAUAAGUCACACCAGACUGUAAGUCUCACUUUUUGGGGGAAAUUUAUUUUGUAAAAUCAGAGACCAGGAACCAACAUUUCACCUUGAAAGGCAAGUUAUAGUAAUAAUAAUAAUUAGAACAGAGAACAACAGGCUGUUAACAUCACAUAUUACCAAACUAUUGAUCUCACUCCAAAUCACUAAAUCCACUGAAUUCUUCAUCCUCUGUGUCACUUCUGAUCAACUCCGCGACCUCUGGAGGUAAACGGAGCGCCGCUUCCUCUUCUGCUCAGCAUCAGUUCCAGUUAGAAUUAUUCUGGCCUUUCUGAAUCCUGACAGGAUGGUUUUGGUUGUCCCUGAAGUCCCUGCUUUCUUGAUCCAUCCAGUGAUUUCUCGAAAAGUCGCAUGGUGCACAUGACUGAAACUUGUGACACCAUGGUUGUUCAUUCUGCUGCUUGUUUACAGUUUUCACAUAUUUCACUGCUUGCAGCUUGUUAUCUGCAAAAUAUGAUUUUCUUUUGGAUGCGUUUGUGUUCAGUCUUUAUAAAUUUUAAAAUUUUCAGUGGUACAGAAGUAAUGGUGCGAUCGACUGACAUGAUACAGACAGGACAGAGGCUCUUUCCGCAGGAGACAUGUGCAGUAGAGCCAAGUGACAGUGGUACAGGAGUAAUGGGAGCAACAGAUACUGACACACAAGCCUAGAGCCUCUCACUGCUGUCUGUGAAAUUUUUUAUAUAUAAGUGGCAGGACCACCCAAACCAUGAAAAAAGUGUGACUUAUAGUCCGAAAAACACUGCACAUAAACUGCAUAGAGUUGUUAGGUGUGAUGUCACUUCCGAGUUCAUCAGCUGAUUGAAAACGAUGAACAUGUUUACAUUUUUUUUUUGUUUAUAGCAUAGAUACAUUUUGCAAAGAAGAGAUUCCAGGUGUUUAAAGCUUAUAAGUUUAUAAGCAUGAUCUAUGGUUAUAACUGUGACAGAAAUUGUAUGAGGGAGGUAAUAUGCACAAUGGCUAGAUUGUUACUGCAUUAUUUAUAUAUUUGAUAGAAUUCAUGGUUAAACACAUGCUUUUCAUAGGUAAUUUUCUCUUGUUUGAUGAAAAAGGACCAAAAACGAAUCGAGAAAGCAGCUGUGAAGUUUUUACUUGGACUUGGAAGUGACGUUUCUUACAACUCUAUCGCUAAAUCUCUAAACGUGAUGAAAAAUUUGACCAAAUUUGAAUAUUUGGCUUUGAAUUGGUAGUUGCGAGGAAUAGACACACUUUAGGCCUGCCCGAUUUCAGACAAGCAUUGGAAUUAGACUCGACAAACAAAUACAAGAAUCACAUUUCGGAACUUGUUUAAACUACGGGGUUUGCCGUUUUUAUGCCGAAGGAGGAAAUUAUGGUACUUCAAAAACUCCAGCCUUUGCCCCGCUUGUUGGCUUGAGUAUACGUAAACACUUUCUGACUUAUAGAUGCUUUAAGGUCCCCCUCAGUAAAUAGACUAGUCUGUAGAUGCGAAGGACUGAAACGGAACCAUUUUAAGAUGAAAACCAAACCAUGCUAUUGUCAAAGUAGCUGUACUGAACUUGUAUGUAUCCUUAACUGUCUGUCGUGCUCACGUACAUUUGCACUGUAUUACUGUAAAAAAAAAAAAAAAAAAAAAAAAACACUGAAAAAGCUACAUGUAUGAACAAAGUGCAAAUUGUGACAUUGUGGUUUUGUCUUGGAACUUGACAUUGCUUACACAUGUUCUUUUGGUGCUCACUUUUAGCUUGCGGCGACAUUUUGAAAGCGCAGAAGGUCUGGUGGAGGGCACGGACAUCUUUAGAACGUGUCCUAUCCGAGCAUGAAUCCGUUAAUGAACAAAUGUCCAUGUUUAAACCAAAAGAAGGGCUUCUAUCUAGGCUUCACUCAGUCACACAAUGUAAAAUAAGUCCACACAGAAUUUCAAAUAGGCACUACGCUCUGUAAGUCCAAUAACUGUGUGUACAUAUGACAUAGACUGUGCUAAAUUAUGUUCCUGCGCCUCCACCUAUAGAGCAAAUGUGCAAUAAAUGUCAUUGUUGUUAAAUUAAAUAAAUUUCUUACAUAAUGAAA